UAUUGACCAUAUCGAUCCAAGACAGUAAGUUAGGCCUACCCAAAUUUCCUAAGGGGAGUGGUGGGAACGGAACCCAGAAAAACUUCCUGUGGCAGGCAUAAAAAACUCACCUCUAUUUACACCUUUUGGCUGAUUAAGAGUAGGGGCAUGCCUUCUUUUUAUACAGCAUUGAGUCACCUUAACCCAAUAAAGGUCGUGGCAUUUUAAAGGAAAAGCUGACGAACGUACGACAUACUCCGCGCCACGGCGUAAGCUAUCCUAACAUUACCCUUUCCCAGUUGUAGGCAGAUGGAAGAUAACUCUCGUUUUAUUUGAACCAUUUCCGGUCACUACCUAAUUCACGCUUUGGAAGGGCAAACAGUCACGGACUUGAAUUGCAUAGGUUCGAAUCACGUUUCGCUGAAGGAUAAAGAGUGGGAAUUGAAAAGGAAAGCCCUGUUAAUGAAGGACAGUUCAUCACCUGCCAAUGUGGCGGUGAAAAAAGUGUAAUCAUUGAACUUUCCCCCAGAGAGCUAGAAACUGAUUAUUGAAAUAAUGAAUAAAGUACUUGUAAAGCAGACAUACUUGUGCAGGAGACAGAUUUAUUCUAUUCUGCAAAGGAAUUAUUUAUUCUCUAAUAAUGUGAUAAAUUUAAGCACCUCAUCAUCUUGUGUAUUAGACAAAAGAAAGACUGUUUCUCCUAAAACGAGAUGUGGGAUUGAUAUAGGACGGUAUGGAUGGUUGCCAUGCCAACACUUAGUGGCAAACAUUCACACAACUACCAACUCUAUGGCUGGACACAAUCGCUGGUCAAAUAUCAAACACAUCAAGGGACGAUCAGAUGACAAACGAGCAACCCUGUGGGCUUACCAUCUUCGUACGAUAAAAGGAGUCCUUCAGCAAAAAAAAGAACUUGAUCCAAAAUUCAAUCCAGAACUCGCCAAAUGCUUAGAUGCUGCUAAGAGGGCUGGCGUUCCAACUGAUGUGCUGAAUAGGGCAAUGGUCAAAUUAAGGCGUGCAGACUUGAAGCCAUACUUGCUGUUAGCGGAGAAUGCUGAAGGGGUUGGAGUACUUCUGCAUUGUAUGAUCACAGAGGAACAUGAACUCAAACUGCUCCAUUCUCCCCUCAGGAAGAAAGGGUUCGUGUUUCAUCAAUCAUUUUCAGUCAGUUCCAGAUAUUUUCUUAAAAAUGAAAGAUAG